AUGCUUGUCUACCCGUCGCUUGAAGAUAUGGUAGUGGACCAGACGAUGAGGGCUUCUCUCGCUCAGCCAUCGGCUCCACAAUUGGCCGGUUCGCGGGCGGAUACGGUGUCCGUGCGGUCGUUGGACUACCCGAGUCUUUAUCCAUCCUUGAACGAAGAAGCGACUUCCAGUAAAGAAACCUCGGCCAGCACCCCGUUUCUAAAUCAUUCGAUUUCGUACGAUGAGCGAGGACCGUUACUGGAGCGCCCGAACUUGCCGGCCCUGUCGUACAGUGUCAGCUCCCUCGUCGCACCCAUCACGGGACUGGCUCCUGGAUUUGAACAGGCCAACCUCCAUCACGGCGUGCGUAAUAUCUACGUACCCAAGGCACACGAUGGCAAAAUUGGAAUGCGUUUGACGGAAAUCGAUCGGGGCCUCUUCGUCCAGUUCGUACUCAAAGAAUCGCCCGCCGCACAUCAAGGUCUCCGCUUUGCCGACCAGAUCCUCCAGAUUGGCGGCAAAGAAGUGUUUGGGCUCGGCAAUGCAAAGGCAAUGCAGCUAAUCGAAAAGGUGCCGUUGACAGAAGGGGUGCUGAUGGUUGUUAGGGACAGACCGUUCUGCCGAGUAAUCACUUUGCAUAAAGAUGAAAAUGGGAAGCUGGGAUUUACGCAUCGGGACAACAAAAUCAACGCCGUCACGCCCGACUCGUCAGCUUCUAAAAAUGGUGUAACAAUCAACCAGGCCAUCGUUGAGGUCGAUGGAAUUAGCGUCAUCGCGUACUGUACAGCCGAGGUGGCCCAGGUGCUAGAAAACGCCCCGCGCACCGUGUCCCUCACCGUCAUGCCGUGGGAUAAAUACGAGAAAUUGGUUUAUAAAAUUGACUCGAAACUUCUGCGUCAGCAGGAUCACAGCGUACCCGCGUCGGCGUACAACCAAUUUCAA